AAUGUCAGAAUGAGAUUUUCUAGGAGCAAAUAUGAAUGCCCCCAUUACAACGAGUGGAUAUCCCCAACAAGGACGAAUUACGGGCGAAACACAUCAACUGUGAUCCCCAGAAAGCAAUUAUUGUAAGUACUAAUUAAAAUAAAUCUCUCUUUAUAAAUCAAACCUAUAUAAAUUAAAAGUAUUUCCAUAACGUUGUUUUCGUGAUUAGGUCCCAUUAUGUACAUCAAGAUACGAUAAACCAAGUAACACCAAGUGCCGGGUCAAAUUUCUUCGUUGAAUGAAAACAAGUAUUUUUUAAUCAUUAUUUCAGUUUUAAUGACAAUCUAUAUGUAUGAUUCGGAUAUAAUGAAAAUAAUGUUAACGUACAUGUAGGAUAAAUAUACAGGAAUAACAUACCCCUAAGUCAGUUCGGUUACUCACCACAAUUUUCACCGUAUACUAUGCUUGUUCGAAGUAGGGGUUUUCCAAAAUACAGUUGUGUUCAAAAGAUGUAUUAUGAUUAAUGGUCUAUUUAAAUGUAAAACUUAUACGGUACCAAUUUUGAUGCACCAGAUGCGCAUUUCGACAAAUAAUGUCUCUUCAGUGAUGCUCAAGCGAAAUGUUUGAAAUCCGAAAUAACUAUGAAGUUUUAGAUCUAAAUAUAGCCAAAAACAGCGUGCCAAACAAGUGGAGCCAAAUUCGUCCAAGGAUAAGAGCUAUGCAUGAGGGAGAUAAUCCUUAAUUUUUAAAUGAAUUUCUAAAUUUUAUAACAGCAAUUAAAUAUACAUCCGUAUUUUCAAGCUAGUAACGAAGUACUUAGCUACUGUGCUGUAGAGACCCUCGGGGACUAACAGUCCACCAGCAGAGACCUCGACCCAGGGGUCAUAAUGUAAAAGUUAUACGGUACCAAUUUUGAUGCACCAGAUGUGUAUUUCGACAAAUAAUGUCUCUUUAGUGAUGCUCAACCGAAAUGUUUGAAAUCCGAAAUAACUAUGAAGUUUUAGAUCUAAAUAUAGCCAAAAAACAGCGUGCCAAACAAGUGGAGCCAAAUGAUGCUUUUUAAAAUGCAAAACUAUUUUUAGAUUCAUGAACAACCAAGUCAUUUACAACAAUGUAGAUGCAAGUUUUAAAAUUCAGAUUCUCUCUCUCUCUCUCUCUCUCUCUCUCUCUCUCUCUCUCUCUCUCUCUCUCUCUCUCUCUCUGUGUGUGUGUGUGUGUGUACUGUGUUUAUGAAUGUAUAAUGCCUCAUGUAUUUUUGGUCUUCAAGAAACGGUACAUUGUAAAUGAUAAUUAUGAAAGAUGUAUUUCCUCAAUCUAGGGAGUUAUGGGUUUGUAGAAGAAACUCAGAUGGACUCCGAAGAGACUCAAUAUGCAGAUGACCCUGGCAUCCUCGAACUUGUAUGCCCUGAUACAUGCCCUACAGAGGAUUCGCAGGAGGUGAAUGAACCCCCUCUAAAGAGAGCCAGAGUUAAACCCCUGCAGGCAUCUCUAUCCCGAAGACAAAUGACAUCGAGUGAUGCCCAAGAAAACAUUAUCAAAAGGUUAAGAGAAAAGAGCAUGCCGGGAGUACAUCAGAGACUACUGAGCAGAAUAGAGGGCUCAGUGACACCUUGCAGAUACACCAAUGCCAGUUUUGUGGAACAGAUUCAAAAUGGACAAACGGCAGCUUGCACCUCUUCCCAGCCCCUUGCUGUACACCUUAUUGGAAAACAUGUAAAUAAUGUUGAUAUCCAACAUUUAAAUGGAUAUUCCUACAGAUGUCUUGGGGAAUCACCUAAGGUUAGCAGCUGUUGAAAACCAUGUGCUGUGCCCCAUAUGCCACAGUUUCUUGAUAUGCCUUCACACAUCUUUGUAAAUCUUUCAACUGAAGAGGAGAUUUUUGUUGCCAAUAAUCACAAUAUCAUUGGACAUAACAUCCACAAGAUUUCACACACGGAUAUGGUAAAAGUGUUUAGGAGUGUUAAACCCACCCUCAUUGAUGUGACCUCAAAGAGGUGCGAAGACACAAAAGAAUGGAGGGAAAAGUGCCAGCAGCAUCUCUCUCCUGGAAAGGAGAUAUCAAGCUACCAAUCCAUCUUUUGGAUCGCUUGUUCCAGUGAGGCGGUAUACAAGCAAUGCGUAUUGGUGUUUGGCCUCCAUGAACAAGGGGAGUUAAAGAACCAACAAAUCAAGAAAAACGAAUCCAUCUCUACUCCCUCCCUAAAUGUGACCACGCCCUGGAGAGCUUUAAUGACUCUACCAAAGGAGACGAUCCUGGAAAUGCUAGUAAAGGUCACCAAUUUAGAUUAUGAUUUGGAAGAAAUGACAAAGAGAUGUGAAAAGAGGUAUCCCCGGAGAGAGGCUGCGACAAUUCAUGGAGAACAAAGAAAAAAUCCAGGGCAGAAAUCAACACCCAUGAUUUUCCAGGAGGAUUCCCUGACAUUUUUGAAGGCUGGGAGAGAGGAAAGCACUGUCGACAUAACAAUUUUUAAUGAAGAAAUAUAUGAUUGGCAACCGUUACUCCGCGUAUGUGUGGAUCUUCCAUUUCUGAAGGAGGACCACACAUUCAUAAUUUCCACUUCAUGGAGCGGAGUCAGCGACACGAAAAAGGCCAUGGAACUAAUGUACCCCGACAAAGGCACAGCCGUUGUUGUAUAUUACAACAAAAAGAGUAACUGCAUCCAGCCCUUUGUGUGUCUUUCUUCUAGCAAGAGUAAGGUAAAAACUUUGACAACAUUGGUAGAAGGGCCCACAAAGACAGCCUUCUUUGGAAAGUUAUUUUCCCAGGUCAACAAAAAGGGAAAUACCCUGGUUCUGCACUGUGGAAAAGGGGAAGUCUUACAAUCAGGACUGAAGAAGGGCUUCAAUGUUGUUGGAGUAGAUGGCAGAAAUGACAUGAUCAGAUCCUGCAACAGAUUUCUUUAUUAGAUUAAAUUAUAAAAUAUUGAUUUGCAAACAAAAAGAAUUGAUUGAAACGUGU